AUGAAGCCCUUGCGUUUUCUCGCUGUUUUGUUCACACUAAUCUCACCGUGUUUGUCCCAAGAGUUGCCACACCCGUCGAAGCCCACAUCAGCAACUCCGACCGGCACAUAUGAGGCCAAAUACAUCAUCCGGGCCAAGCAAGGCAUCUCGAAAGAAGAUGCCGACGGAUUCCACAACACCCUUGUAGGCAUAGUCGGAGAUGAAGACGAGGUCAAAUCCAUUGUCAACGAAAAAGACAUUCCUUACAUCUGGCUCACCGCGCUCACUGCGGCUCAGCUCAAAAAGGUCAACUCGGAGGACGUUGUCAAAAGCGCUGAACUCGAGGAACAGCUUGUUGUUGCUGAAGAACCCGAUGUACCCACCGCCAAUAAAAGACGAGACAUCGUCAACCAGGCUCCUACGGCAGACAACCCUAUCAUUGACCUACGGAUGCUUUCAACGCCGCCAGGGAAUCCGUUUGUCGACCACCACGAGUACAACGAGCACUACGGGUACGAUGAUGUCGCUGGCCAGGGGAUAACCAUUUACAUAAUCGAUACUGGUCCAUUCCGCUUCGCACAUUCCGAACUUCGACCCCCGGACUCAUCUGUCACCCGCAGGAACAUCGACGUCGUGAAAGACCCCAGCGUCAUUAACGGGAUAUCCUCCCAUGGCACUUGUGUGGCUUCAAAGGCCGUUGGCAAGACGGUUGGGGUGGCCAAGCGAGCCAACCUCGUCACAGUCCGCGUAGAUCCGACACCUGGCGAAUUUUUCUUUGUUAAAGCUUGGCAAGCCGUCUUCAACGACAUUAAGGAAAAGGGUUUAAAAGGCAAGGCCGUCGUCUCCACUUCCACUUUUACUUAUGUGCCGAGGGAAGACAAGGCGAAAGCAGAGCUGCUUUCAGACAUGGACGAGAUAAUGCGAAAGAUUCUCGGCGAAGAUGUACCAGUCGUCUGCGGGGCUGGAAACGAUGUUUCCAUUUCCAUCGAGCCGAACAAGCUCCCAGCCAUACUGGCCAAGAAUCUCCCCAUUAUCGUGGUAGGCUCAGCUACUGUUGAUGGGACUAUGGCCCCUGACAGCCAGCGCGGGUCUUUGGUAACUACUUGGGCGGUCGGUCGGAGGAUCCAGUGCGCUGGCUACAACACCUUGGAUGGUCUUGUUACCAGAAGUGGCGUUUCAGUUGCUGCUCCCCAAAUAGGGGGUCUGGCGGCUUACUUUUUGUCAAACCCGAAGUUCAAGAAGGAUUUGAGGUCGGGCAGCAUAGCGGAAGACAUGAAGGCCCUGAUAAAGGAGAAGUCGUACCGGCGCGGCUUUACCGACGAUCAUCCAGCCAUAGCUUGGAACGGAUUCUACCCGCCGUGCAGCACAGCAACGCGUAUGCGUCGGUCUCUGGGGGGGGCGGUCCGGAGACAAAGCUCGCGGGCUUGCUCCGGCCCCGAAUCGUCUUUGCCGGCUCAGCCCACGGGCAAAGCGACAGCUGAUCCCCAGUGUAACGUUUGCGGGCAACUAAACAAGAAGAUCAUGAGAUACGAGGCAGGUUGUCCCGGGGCCGACUACGCGCGGUCGUCUUGCGAAGCCAGUAGCGACUGCCAAUCCUGGGCCUAUGGUGAAGAGAAACAAGGAGCUCGUUCAACUUCCAUUUGCAUCAUGUACAGCGAGGCUGCAGCCGAAGUCAUUGCGGGGGCACCGGUUGAUACUAAAAAGGAAUGCCACAUCAGGUACUCAGAUAAGACCUGCAGGUGA